AUGAAUUUCCUCCGCGGGGUUAUGGGGGGUCAGAGUGCCGGACCCCAGCACACAGAAGCCGAGACGAUUCAAAAGCUUUGUGACAGAGUAGCUUCAUCUACUUUACUGGAUGAUCGAAGAAAUGCUGUGCGAGCUCUGAAAUCACUAUCUAAGAAAUAUCGCUUGGAAGUGGGUAUUCAAGCAAUGGAACAUCUUAUCCAUGUUUUACAAACAGAUCGUUCGGAUUCUGAGAUAAUAGGUUAUGCUUUGGACACACUGUAUAAUAUAAUAUCUAAUGAUGAAGAGGAAGAAGUAGAAGAAAACUCCACAAGACAGAGUGAGGAUUUGGGAAGCCAGUUUACAGAAAUUUUCAUUAAGCAGCAAGAAAAUGUCACUCUUCUCUUGUCUUUAUUGGAGGAGUUUGAUUUCCAUGUUCGCUGGCCUGGCGUGAAGCUUCUUACUUCUCUUUUAAAACAACUAGGGCCUCAGGUGCAGCAAAUUAUUUUAGUCAGUCCCAUGGGUGUUUCAAGAUUGAUGGACUUAUUAGCAGAUUCCAGGGAAGUUAUACGUAAUGAUGGCGUCUUACUACUGCAGGCUCUAACAAGAAGCAAUGGAGCAAUCCAGAAAAUUGUUGCUUUUGAAAAUGCUUUUGAGAGACUACUGGACAUUAUUACAGAGGAGGGGAACAGUGAUGGAGGUAUCGUAGUGGAAGAUUGUCUGAUUCUGCUCCAAAACUUGUUAAAAAACAACAAUUCCAAUCAAAAUUUUUUUAAAGAAGGCUCAUAUAUUCAGCGUAUGAAACCUUGGUUUGAAGUUGGAGAUGAAAAUUCUGGCUGGUCCGCCCAGAAAGUGACUAAUCUGCACCUAAUGCUACAGCUUGUUCGGGUACUAGUAUCUCCCAACAACCCUCCUGGUGCUACCAGUAGCUGCCAAAAAGCUAUGUUCCAGUGUGGCUUACUGCAGCAGCUUUGCACUAUCCUAAUGGCCACUGGAGUUCCCGCUGAUAUCCUGACUGAGACCAUUAAUACUGUAUCUGAAGUUAUUCGAGGCUGCCAAGUAAACCAAGACUACUUUGCUUCUGUAAAUGCACCUUCAAACCCACCAAGACCAGCCAUCGUAGUACUUCUCAUGUCCAUGGUUAAUGAAAGGCAGCCAUUUGUAUUACGCUGUGCUGUUCUCUACUGUUUCCAGUGUUUCUUAUAUAAAAAUCAGAAAGGACAAGGAGAAAUUGUGUCAACACUUCUGCCUUCCACUAUUGAUGCAACAGGCAAUACGGUCUCAGCUGGUCAGUUGUUAUGCGGAGGUUUAUUUUCUACUGAUUCGCUUUCAAACUGGUGUGCUGCCGUGGCCCUUGCCCAUGCUUUGCAAGAAAACGCUACCCAGAAAGAACAGUUGCUCAGGGUUCAACUUGCUACAAGUAUCGGCAAUCCUCCAGUUUCUUUGUUGCAGCAGUGCACCAACAUUCUUUCACAGGGUGAUAAGAUCAACCGACGGGGAAGCAAAAUACAGACAAGAGUUGGAUUACUGAUGUUGCUUUGUACCUGGCUUAGCAACUGUCCCAUUGCAGUGACACACUUUCUUCACAAUUCAGCCAAUGUUCCAUUUCUUACAGGACAAAUUGCAGAAAAUCUUGGAGAAGAGGAACAGUUGGUCCAAGGCUUAUGUGCUCUUUUGUUGGGCAUUUCAAUUUACUUCAAUGAUAACUCUCUUGAGACCUAUAUGAAAGAGAAACUGAAACAACUGAUAGAGAAGAGGAUUGGCAAAGAGAAUUUCAUAGAGAAACUAGGAUUUAUUAGCAAACAUGAACUGUAUUCCAGAGCGUCUCAGAAACCCCAGCCAAACUUCCCCAGUCCAGAAUACAUGAUAUUUGAUCAUGAGUUUACAAAACUGGUAAAAGAACUUGAAGGUGUGAUUACUAAGGCUAUUUAUAAGUCCAGUGAAGAAGAUAAAAAAGAAGAAGAGGUGAAGAAAACAUUAGAGCAGCAUGACAGUAUUGUGACUCACUACAAAAAUAUGAUUCGAGAGCAAGAUCUGCAACUGGAGGAAUUAAAGCAGCAGAUUUCUACAUUAAAAUGUCAAAAUGAACAGCUCCAGACAGCAGUCACACAGCAAGUAUCUCAGAUUCAGCAACACAAGGAUCAGUAUAAUCUUCUUAAAGUACAGCUCGGAAAAGACAGUCAGCAUCAAGGUCCUUACAGUGAUGGGGCUCAGAUGAAUGGUGUUCAGCCGGAAGAAAUUAGUAGGCUGCGAGAAGAGAUAGAAGAAUUAAAAAGUAAUCGCGAACUUUUACAAAGUCAACUGGCUGAAAAAGACUCUCUGAUUGAAAAUUUGAAAUCUUCCCAGCCAUCACCUAGCACAAAUGAACAGUCUUCAGCAACAGCAGGAGAUUCUGAACAAAUUGCAGAGUUAAAACAGGAACUGGCAACUUUAAAGUCUCAGUUAAACACACAGUCUGUGGAGAUUACCAAACUACAGGCCGAAAAACAGGAGCUGUUACAGAAAACUGAAGCAUUUGCAAAAUCAGCUCCUGUACCAGGAGAGAGUGAAACUGUAAUAGCUACAAAAACUACUGAUGUGGAAGGAAGACUGUCAGCAUUAUUACAGGAAACUAAAGAGUUAAAGAAUGAAAUUAAAGCUCUGUCUGAGGAAAGAACUGCUAUUAAAGAGCAGCUGGAUUCAUCUAACAGUACCAUUGCCAUCUUACAAAAUGAGAAAAACAAGCUCGAGGUGGACAUUACAGAUUCUAAAAAAGAACAAGAUGAUCUCUUGGUGCUGUUGGCCGAUCAGGAUCAGAAAAUAUUUUCAUUAAAGAAUAAACUCAAGGAACUUGGUCAUCCAGUUGAAGAAGAGGAUGAACUUGAAUCCGGAGACCAAGAUGAUGAGGAUGAUGAAGAUGAAGAUGAUGGCAAGGAACAGGGUCAUAUCUAG